CCGACAAUUGCGUAUGAAUUCAAUUGUCGGAUACUGUAUGACACAGUCUGUAUCGUCUUCAUCAACUAAGCGAUUGAGCUACGCAGUGAUGAUGGUACCGCUUCUCGCUGUGUAUCGUGGCCUGUGGAAGGCGUUUAUGCCUAUGAUGUCUUGGUAUGUGCGUCGGAAGGACUUGCGACGGCUUGUACCAAGCACCAUCACCGCCGAGCGCUUCGGUCGCAGUGAGCCACCAGCCCAUUGGUGCAACGGCAGUGGCAACGCAGGCUUCACUGUGUGGAUCCAUGGCGCCUCGGUGGGGGAGUGUCUGUCAGUGUUGCCGCUCGUGGACUUGGCAUUGAGCCACAAACUGGACGAAACAUUGGCACAGUCGAUGGGUGGGGAGAAAAGGAAGGUGCGGGUGGUUUUGUCAACGACUACAACUGCAGCACGCCAAGUUAUCGCGGAACGGUUGAAAGACAAUGAUGACGCCGUUUGCGUCUUGGCUCCUCUCGAUCACCAGCAGUACGUUGGGCGAUUUUAUGAUGCCUGGCAACCAGAUGUCGGAAUCUGGAUUGAGUCCGAGAUUUGGCCGACGUUGAUCACGGAAGCUGCGCGAAGAGGCAUUCGCAUUGGUCUUCUAAACGGUCGGGUGUCUGCUAUAUCAUUCCGUUUGUGGCGACUGCCGGGGCUGCAUGCGUUUUCGAAGAGCAUCGUGGGUUUAUUCUCAUUGGUACUUUGCCAAGACGAGCAGAAUCGAAGACGUUUUGAACACCUUGGCGCACGGAAUGCCCACGCCGCACUAAAUCUCAAGUUCGCAUCUCCACGUUUGAUUGGCAGCGAGAAUGAGAUAUCUGCAUUACGAUGCGCGAUUGGGUCCCGACCCGCGUGGGUUGCAGCUAGUACGCACGACGGCGAGGAAGUGAUGAUGGCGCAAGUCCAUGACGACCUGCUAAAGUGUCUCCGAUAUGAUCGGCAAUUACUCACGGUGAUCAUUCCGCGUCAUCCAAUUCGGACGUCGAAUAUUGUGAAACAAAUCCAUCGACAGUUUCCCGAGCUUUCAGUUGGUUUGCGCUCUCGUGAUGGCUUGCCGACUAACGCUAUAGACGUUUUCAUAGUUGACACGAUGGUAACGUGUGCCCUUGUCCUCGUUAGUACGUCGUACGAGUAUGAAAUGUGAGUAUCUUAUGUUUGACUGAUGCUUGUCCAGGGUGAAACAAACUUGUUUUAUGACACCAUUUCAACUGCAGUCAUUGGAGGUGAGUGAGGCCUGCACGUUGACUCGAUACUGGGCGAUCUCCCUUUCCUGACGAAAAUUAAUCUUCAGGCUCCUUCGUCAAGCGCGGCGGGCACAACCCAAUCGAACCAUUGCGAGCAGGUUGCCACGUUUUCACCGGCCCUCACAUGGACAACUUUGCGGAUAUUUUCCAGCAACUUAAUCAGCAGUCCUCAGUGUCAGAAGCUCUUCGAUCGGUGAAGGACCCACAAGAGCUGGUUACAGCAUUGGAAUCUCGCCUCAAGUUCCUUCAAGACACUUCUAGUGAUGUUUCCACUCCAGCACCGGUCGACAAAAGAAAUCAAUUAACGCGGACGAUGGCGGACCUUGCAGUAUCGACGCUUUCGCUGCACGAGCAACGAUUGAUCACUUGGUUAGCUAGUGAUGCCCACCCCGUAAACAAACCGUAAACACCGUAAAAAGAAAACGACAGUAUACCCUAUUUUACGGCAUA